GUUCUAUAAAAAACAUUGACUCCUUUAUUUACAGAAAAAUUGAAAAAAUAUUUGUUUAUGUUCUUCACGUUUGGAUUUUUGGUUACGGGAUUGUUAGUGAUGGCUUGGAGGAGUCAUGGUAUAAAUAACGCUGAUUUGGUGCGCAAUCUUAAAGCAAAUGGCAUCAUUAAAUCUGAUGCAGUAGCUAAUGCUAUGAACUCUGUGGAUCGUAAGAACUACUGUCCCUAUGCUCCGUACCAUGACUCUCCGCAGUCCAUUGGUUACUCUGCCACCAUCAGCGCUCCACACAUGCACGCCCAUGCACUGGAAAGGCUUAAAAACCAAUUGAUUCCCGGUGAAAAAGCCUUAGACGUUGGCUCCGGCUCUGGAUACUUGACUGCUUGUAUGGCAUUCAUGGUUGGAGAGACCGGCAGAGUCAUAGGCAUAGAACAUAUUCCCGAGCUGGUUCAACUAGCUAUGAAAAAUAUUAAGAAUGAUAAUCCUGCCCUGUUGACUUCUGAGCGCAUUAAACUAAUUGCCGGGGAUGGGAGAGUUGGUUACGAAGCUGAAGCCCCGUACAACGCUAUCCAUGUUGGAGCCGCUGCACCCGCACUUCCACAAGCUUUAAUAGAUCAAUUGAAGCCAGGAGGAAGACUCAUAGUGCCAGUCGGGCCGGAGGGCGGAGAACAACAUUUGACACAGGUAGAUAAGGCAGCGGACGGGUCACACACGGUCAAAAAGCUGAUGAGCGUCAUCUACGUGCCCCUGACCGACAAGGAGCGGCAGCACCGUGAGUGACCGACAUACUUACUCGUGGCCGGCGCACUGUUCUGCCUGGCUCUGAUAUGCUGGUAUAAGGAUCUCUUGCGAAGACUAUGGCGGCUUAUGAAGUAGGGCAUGUAUAUAAUAUGACUCCUUGACUCUAUUUGUCAUAAAAUAGUUAUAGUAUUGGUACCAUCAUUCUGCUGAUGUUCGUGAUGUGAAUGACAAGACUUUUUAGAGAUAUUUUUUUUUUUCAUUAAAAUAACAACAGUACUUACAAGGAACGGUAGCAGCACUCCCGUGAGUGACCGACUUACUGACCGAAGCUGUCGUGAGUGACCGACUUAUACCGCCAGCAUGUGGUGGCUGUGCUCAGCUAGACUAGAAAUUCUAGCGAUUCGGUUGCUUAAGUAGCUAAGCAAGCCAGGGGCCGAUUUCAUAAUAACUUGU